GAGUAUAUACUUACCAUCUUCGCUGUUACAUCUACCAGGCAAGAAAUCUCAUGGCUUUAGACAAAGACAGUUUUUCAGAUCCGUACGCUCAUGUUUCUUUCCUCCAUCAAAGCAAAACAACUGAGAUCAUUCAUUCAACUCUCAAUCCUACAUGGGACCAAACUCUCAUAUUUCAUGAAAUCGAGAUCUAUGGGGACCCACAGACAGUAGCCCAAAACCCACCUAAUGUUGUUAUUGAACUUUUUGACAGUGACCAAGUGGGUAAAGAUGAAUUCCUUGGAAGAAGUGUUUGUUCCCCCAUGGUCAAGUUAAUUCCAGAAGAGGACAUCACACCAAAACUGCUCUGGUAUCCUGUAACAAAUAAUGGCAAAGCUAGUGGAGACAUUCUUUUUGCUGCAGAACUUAUUUUGAGGGACAAGGGUGGCGCCAACCUUCCAAUUCUUCCAUCACAAAGAGCACCAAAGCUUUACAUGGUACCUCAAGGAAUCAGACCAGUAGUUCAACUCACUGCUGUUGAGAUUCUGGCUUGGGGGUUGCGGAAUAUGAAAAACUACCAACUGGCACCUGUUAUGUCUCCAAGUCUCAUUGUGGAAUGUGGGGGUGAAAUGGUGGAAUCUGUGGUGAUCAAAAACCUCAAAAAGACACCAAAUUUUCCGUCUUCUGUUCUCUUUAUGAAAGUUCUCUUGCCAAAAGAGGAGUUAUACAGCCCAUCUCUUGUUAUUAAAGUAAUAGACCACAGACCAUUUGGACGGAAGCCCAUCGUGGGACAGUGCACCAUUGAUUUACUGGAAAGCUUUCGCUGUGACCCCUACACUACUAAAGAAGACAUUGCACCACAACUGAAAGUUAGUCUACUCUCUGCUGCACCUCGCCAGGACACAGUAAUUGAAAUGGAAGACACACAGCCACUGCUAGCAGCACAGUGUUUAAGCAGUGUGGCAACAGCACUCAGCAAAAUGGCAUCUCCAACCACAGUGCAUCUUACAGAAAAGGAAGAAGAAAUUGUUGAUUGGUGGAGCAAAUUUUAUGCUUCAAUAGGAGAACAUGAAAAAUGUGGACAGUAUAUUAAAAAAGGAUAUGACACUUUAAAGGUGUAUGACUGUGAACUGGAAAAAGUACCUGAAUUUAAUAGCUUAACAGACUUCUGUGAUACAUUUAAACUAUACAGAGGCAAAUCUGAGGAGAGCAAUGAUCCAUCAGUGGUUGGGGAAUUCAAGGGAUCCUUUAAAAUCUAUGCGUUACCUGACGAUCCCACUAUUCCAGCUCCUCCUCGCCAGUUCCGUGAGCUGCCAGACAGUGGGCCUCAGGAGUGUAUCGUGCGAAUUUAUAUUGUUCGAGCUUUGCAGCUUCAACCCCAGGAUAAUAAUGGGCUGUGUGAUCCUUAUAUAAAAAUAUCCCUAAGUAAAAAGGUAAUUGAAGAUAGAGAUAAUUAUGUGCCUAAUACUCUCAACCCAAUUUUUGGCAGAAUGUAUGAACUCAGCUGCUUCCUACCUCAAGAAAAGGAUCUCAAAAUUUCAGUCUAUGACUAUGACACAUUGACUCGUGAUGAAAAAGUGGGUGAAACCAUAAUUGACCUUGAGAACAGAUUCCUUUCUCGUUAUGGAUCUCACUGUGGCAUCCCACAGCAGUAUUGCAUUUCAGGUGUGAAUACCUGGCGUGAUCAACUAAAACCAACCCAGUUAUUGCAAAAUGUAGCGAGGUUUAAAGGCUAUGCUCCUCCUGUUGUCUUUGAGAAUGGCAGAAAGAUUAACUACGGGGGACGAGACUACACUUUGGAGGAAGCUGAAGCUAACAAAAUUUUGCAUCAGCAUCUUGGUCCAGGUGAAGAGCGGCUAGCCCUUCAUAUCCUCAGAACCCAGGGUUUGGUACCUGAACAUGUGGAGACGAGGACCUUAUAUAGCACCUUCCAGCCCAACAUCUCCCAGGGAAAGCUCCAGAUGUGGGUUGAUGUUUUCCCCAAAAGCUUAGGACCUCCAGGCCCUCCCUUCAACAUCACUCCCCGAAAAGCCAAGAAGUAUGUUUUGAGGGUGAUUGUCUGGAACACCAAAGAUGUCCUUCUGGAUGAAAAGAGCAUCACAGGGGAAGAAAUGAGUGACAUUUACGUGAAGGGAUGGAUGCCUGGUAAUGAAGAAAAUAAGCAGAAAACCGAUGUUCACUACCGAUCACUGGAUGGUGAAGGGAACUUUAACUGGAGAUUUGUUUUUCCUUUUGACUAUCUCCCAGCAGAGCAACUCUGUGCAGUUUCCAAAAAGGAACAUUUUUGGAGUCUUGACAAGACAGAAUUCAGAAUCCCACCCAAACUGAUCAUUCAAAUAUGGGAUAAUGACAAGUUCUCCUUGGAUGACUAUCUCGGCUUUGUGGAACUUGAUUUACAUAAAACAAUCAUUCCAGCCAAAGUUCCAGAGAAGUGCAAUAUAGACAUGAUUCCAGAAUACAAGGUAGAUGGUUCUCAGAAGGCUCCCAGGACGGCCUCUCUCUUUGAGCAGAAAUCCAUGAAAGGAUGGUGGCCGUGUUAUGUUGAGAAGGAUGGCUCCCGUAUUUUAGCGGGUAAAGUUGAAAUGACAUUGGAAGUUGUCAAUGAAAAAGAAGCUGAGGAAAGGCCAGCUGGUAAAGGAAGAGAUGAACCCAACAUGAACCCCAAACUAGAUCUACCAAACCGACCAGAUACUUCCUUCCUUUGGUUUACAAACCCCUGCAAGACAAUGAAAUUUAUUGUGUGGCGCAGGUUUAAAUGGCUCUUUAUAGGCCUUCUCAUCUUGCUGAUUUUACUCUUGUUUGCUGCAGUACUCCUCUAUUCAUUGCCGAACUAUUUGUCAAUGAAGAUUGUGAAACCAAUUUAAAGAAGAGUUUUCUACCUCAUCUUUUUAAAUAGUAAUGAGGUUUCGCCUCAGGCUGUGGACCAAAUCAGCAAGGCUCUCCAUCCUUUUUAUCUGCUAGUAUUUGGAACUGUAAAAUAGAUAAGUAAGAAUUUAACCAAGGUUAGCCAAGGUUCAAGGGGUCAUGACAGGUGCUCUUAAAAAACAA